AUGCAAUUGGAACCUAUACAGUGGAAUGCUGAGAAUAUAAGUGGUAUAGCAGGCUCUAUAUCUAUUGCCUGCUGGGUGAUUGUUUUUGUCCCACAGAUUUAUGAAAAUUUCGUAAGGAAGUCUUCCGAUGGACUAUCGCUUUUAUUUGUGAUACUGUGGUUAGCUGGUGAUAUUUUCAACCUUGUUGGAGCAAUGAUGCAGCACUUAUUACCUACAAUGAUCAUACUUGCGGCCUAUUACACAGUUGCAGAUAUAAUUCUUCUUAUUCAAUGCUUAUGGUAUGGUAACGAGGAAGUUGUUGAUCCAGUUCAUUUAUCGCCCGCAAAUCCAAUCAGUGAAACUCAGCCUCUAUUGCAUCACGUUUCGGAGUCCCACGAUGUUGCACAGGAGUCAGACAAUAAUGGCUCAAGCCCUGAAGUACGUGCCAAAAGGUAUCUAAGUGAUUCAGUUGUCGUUUGCGUUGUUGUAUUAAGUGGAUUUUUCUCUUGGUACAUAUCGUACUGCAACAAUCCAAAUCCAACUAAGGACGGUUCCAGUCCUGAAGUGGAAAUAAAUUGGUUGGCCCAAAUAUUUGGAUAUGCAAGUGCAGUACUAUAUUUAGGAUCUCGUGUUCCUCAAAUUUUGUUAAACUUCGAAAGAAAAUCCUGUGAGGGGAUUUCUUUCCUCUUUUUUUUGUUUGCUUGUCUAGGUAACACCACCUUUAUUAUCUCUGUUUUGGCCAUUUCAGUGAGUCCAAGGUACCUCCUGGUAAAUGCAUCCUGGCUAGUCGGAAGUUCAGGAACAUUAAUAAUGGACUUCAUUAUCUUUAUUCAGUUCUUUUUGUACCAUAAGAAUAACAAGCUCGUUGUACAAGAAUCUGCAUGA